AUGGAGCAGCCUCGUAACCCCAACAAUCGUCCCAUUGGUGGUUCCAAAGAAGCUGUUCCAUUGCAACAAUCCGAGGGAUAUCGAAAGGCGCUUCGUCAACAGCUGGCUGCAUGCAAGUUCUAUCUCGAUGGAGUGGAUGCUCACAAUGAAAAGCAAAUACGAAAUCGCUUCCAGUUAUUAGGCUUGCAAUCAGUGGAGCCUUUCUUUUCCAAAAAAUGCACGCAUGUGGUGACCACCACGCCAUUCAAUGACAAGAAGCUUGGAGAGAAGCAACCAACAUCGAAUCCAAUCAUUGAUAAUGCUGUCAAAUGGAAUAUCAAAGUCUGGAGUCUUGAUAAGUUACAGCGUCAUCUUCAAAUGAUGAUGGAAGGCAAUGGCGGUGGACAUCGUGCAGCAGGAAGGGGAAAGAUUGAUAAGCUUAUGGCGUUGGAAAAGGCCUAUGGUGUUGGUACGAGUCAUGGUGAACGGCAUCAUCCUGUCUUUAUUCCUUUUACCGAAUACUACUUGUCAGUCGAGGACGCAACUCAAAUCCAUCGCCCAGUAACACAAAAGCAAUGGAAGAAGAAUGAAGCGGGAUGGCCUUUUUUGAAGAAAACACCAGCACCCAAAUCACCUUUUGCUCGUAUUCCUGUAAGACCACCACAACCACAACCACCAGCAUCACCAUCAGCAGAGCAAAAACCUGGCACGGAUAAUAAGCAACAAGCAGCAGAUGUUCAAUUACCAUUUGGAAAACAAUUAGCUGUCAAGGAUAGCAACGCCAAUCCAGCAUCGCCGGUACCUUCUGAUAUGCUAAAGCCAUCUGGUAUUCGACCCACCUCGACUACGACAACACGAACCAAUACAACAGCUAUACACACAACCACCACAACAGCCAAUACAACAUCUCGACUCACCUCCAAAGCAUACAAUGAUAAACGACAAGCCCAUGAUGACAAUGUCGCAAAGUUGGAUCGACGUAUGGUGGAUAACAAUACCGUCAGAACAGCAGCCGUAACAAAAGCAGCCAACAAUGUUGCACAAAAGAUGAAUGAUGCAGAUGCCAUGCGUGCCAAGAACAACAUGAAGAAAAAGAUGGAACAAGAGUUGAAUUAUUGUGAGAAUUGCAACAAGCGAUUUAGCAAUCUUAACGAGCACAUACAAGAAAAAGGGCAUUUGGCUUUUAUCAAGGAUCAAAACAACUUUAAACAACUGGAUGCACUGCUUGCCACGGUUCGACGACAAUACAAGCAACCAUUACCGAGCCAUAUGAAACCCGACAUUGAUACCAAUAUCGAUGGAGAUGAUGUUCAAUUCGAAUUGGAUGGGGCUGGCACCAAACGAGCGAUCCAUUACAUGGAUGUCGAUGAAGGAGAACCUCCACUUGCCAAACGCUCAGCUACUACUUCUGCUGCUGCUGCUGCUGCUGCUUCAUACCCUCCUCUUUCCCAGUAG